AUGAUAGGAGAAAUCUACGAAUUGCAUGGCCUUCAAGAUGAGGAUGACAACCAGACCACACAUGUGAGUGGAGAGAGGCCUUAUGCAUGUAAGGAAUGUGGGAAAUCUUUCAGUCAGUCUUCAAACCUCACUAAACAUAUGAGAACUCACAGUGGGGAGAGGCCUUAUGAAUGUAAGCAGUGCGGCAAAACCUUUCGUCAUUCCUCAAACCUCACUAGACAUUUGAGAACUCACAGUGGAGAGAGGCAUUAUGAAUGUAGGGAAUGUGGCAAAACCUUUAGUCAGUCCUCAGAUCUCAUUACACAUACAAGAACUCACACUGGAGAGAGGCCUUAUGAAUGUAAGGAAUGUGUCAAAGCCUUUCCCUUCCGUCGGUUCUCAAACCUCACUAUACAUUUAAGAACUCACAGUGGAGAGAGGCCAUAUGAAUGUGAGGAAUGUGGGAAAGCCUUUUGUCGGUUCUCCAGCCUCACUACACACAUAAGAACUCACAGUGGAGAGAGGCCUUAUGAAUGUAAGAAAUGUGGGAAAGCCUUUCACCGGUUCUCAAGCCUCACUACACACAUGAGAAUUCACAGUGGAGAGAGGCCUUAUGAAUGUAGGGAAUGUGGGAAAGCCUUUAGUCAGUCCUCAAGCCUCACUGUACAUACAAGUAUUCACAGUAGAGAGAGGCCUUAUGAAUGUAAACAGUGUGGGAAAGCCUUUAGUCAGUCCUCAAAUCUCACUAAACAUAUGAGAACUCACAGUGGAGAGAGGCCAUAUGAAUGUAAGGAAUGUGGCAGAGCUUUUCAUAAGUCAUCAAACCUCACUAUACAUAUGCGAACUCACAGUGGAGAGAGGCCUUAUGAAUGUAAGGAGUGUGGCAAAGCUUUUAAUCGAUCAUCACACCUAACUAGACAUGUGAGAACUCACAGUCGAGAGAGGCCUUAA